AUGAGAAAAUGUCCAAACCAUGGAAUCACUCAAGGAAACCAAGUGCAAUACUUCUAUACCGGACUUACACCACUGUCAAAAUCUCAAGUUGAUGCCUCUGCUGGGAAAUCAAUCAUAGGGAAAUCAGUGCAACAAACCAUGGAUCUAUUUGAGUUAAUUGCCACCACACAUUCAAUGUUCUCAUCAGAAAGAGUGAUACCGCCAAAGGCAGCAGGAAUGUAUGAAUUAGACAGCACAACAUCUACCAAUGCACAGAUAACGGCUUUAACAAAACAGAUAGAGUUACUUGUAAAAUUGCAAACACAUGGAGCAAAUGCAAUGAUGGCUAACUCAGCAUGUGAGAAUUGUGGGAGAAAUCACGCUACAGAGAGCUGCAUGAUGCUCACUUCUUUAGAGGAACAAAAGAUGGACAAGGUGUUCCAGCAAAUUGACACGAACUUUCAAAAUCAGCAAGCAUCCAUCAAGAAACUGGAGACACAAAUUGGUCAGAUAACACAACAACUUACAGAACGUCCACAAGGGACAUUGCUAGGCAAUACAAUGAUAAAUCUUAAGGAACGAUUAAUGGCAAUUAAAAUAGUGGAAAACAAUCCACCCAGGGCCCCCGUAAAAAUUAAAGCAUAUGUACCUCCACUUUCAUUUCCCCAAAGACUUCAAAAGAAGUCGAUGGAGCAAAAUAUUCAUGUCAUAAAUACAAAGAGCGAGGUACAAUUGCCAAAUAUCACUACAGAGAGACCCAAAAGAAAAGAGGACCAAGAAGUAAUUGAUGAAGCUACAAGGGUAGAAAAAUUUGUUCCAAACACAAUUGAAAAUGGAGAAAGUACAGAAACGUCAACUGCCAAAGCACCAAAUCUAGACAAAGUUUACAUGCCUCCCAUUCCCUUUUCUCAAAAGCUCAAGAAGAAUAAACAAGACACAAACUAUGAAAAAUUCCUCGAUGUUCUCAAGAAGCUCCAGAUCAAUGUUCCGUUCAUUGAUGUGAUACUACAAAUUCCAAGCUAUAUGAAAUUUUUGAAAGAGAUGCUGACAAAGAAAAGAAAGCUUUCGAAAUUUGAAACUGUGGCAUUAACUGAGGAAAGUAGUGCAAGAGUCCAGAGAACAUUGCCUCCUAAAUUGAAGGAUCCAGGGAGUUUUACUUUACCAAUUUCAAUUGGAAAUUUCUAUUCAAUUAAUGCAUUGUGUGACACUGGUGCUAGUAUCAAUCUAAUGUCGUAUUCUGCUUACAAGAAAUUGGGACUAGGUGAAAUCAACUCAAUAUCAAUAACGCUACAACUAGCUGAUAGAACAAUCGCAAGGCCACAUGGCAAAGUUGAGGAUGUACUCGUAAAAAUAGGAAAUUUAAUAUUUCCUGUGGAUUUCAUUGUAUUGGACAUACCAGAAGAUUGA